GAGCUGCCCCCGGUGUCACCUCGCUCUUGGUCCGGGUUAGCCUCCGGUGCGUCGCCGCUGCUCGGGCUCGCAGUCUCCGGGAUGAUGCUGCUGCCGCUGCCGCCGCGGAGGUGAUGGAGCUGGGGCACACACGCGGACAAGUGUCGCACAGAGUUUGAGACAAAGAGCCGGAGCUUCGAGUCGCUUCCCCCGCCCGGUGCCGCCCGCUGGACGGGCUCUUUCUCGACCCCAGGCCGGAGGAGGGUAAAGAAAGUGUCGGUGACCAUGAAGCUGCUGAAGCCGAGCUGGGUGAGCCACAACGGCAAACCCAUAUUUUCAGUGGACAUUCAUCCUGAUGGCACAAAGUUUGCAACUGGUGGACAAGGGGAGGAUUCUGGAAAGGUGAUGAUCUGGAACAUGGCGCCGGUCCUCCGCGAGGAGGACGAGAAGAACGAGAGUAUUCCCAAGAUGCUUUGCCAGAUGGACAAUCACCUAGCGUGUGUGAACUGUGUGCGCUGGUCCAACAAUGGACUGUACCUGGCAUCAGGAGGAGACGACAAGCUGGUCAUGGUGUGGAGGAGAGCUGCAUUCAUCGGUCCGAGCACAGUGUUCGGGUCGAGCAGUAAACUGGCCAACGUGGAGCAGUGGAGGUGCGUCACCAUCCUGAGGAAUCACACCGGAGAUGUGAUGGACGUGGCCUGGUCUCCUCACGACGUGUGGUUGGCCUCCUGCAGCGUCGACAACACCAUCGUCAUCUGGAACGCUCGGAAAUUCCCAGAGAUGGUCACAUGUCUGCGGGGACACACUGGGCUGGUGAAAGGCCUGACCUGGGACCCGGUGGGGAAGUACAUCGCCUCCCAGGCCGACGACCACAGCCUCAAAGUGUGGAGGACGAUGGACUGGCAGAUGGAGGCCAACAUCACCAAACCCUUCAACGAGUGCGGCGGGACGACCCACGUCCUGCGUCUGUCCUGGUCCCCGGACGGUCAGUAUCUGGUGUCGGCUCACGCCAUGAACAACUCCGGCCCCACGGCCCAGAUCGUGGAGAGGGACGGCUGGAAGACCAACAUGGACUUCGUGGGUCACCGCAAAGCUGUCACCGUGGUGAAAUUCAACCCAAAGAUCUUUAAGAAGAAACAGAAGAACGGCAGCUCCCCGAAACCCAGCUGUCCGUACUGCUGCUGCGCCGUCGGCAGCAAGGACCGCUCGCUCUCCGUCUGGCUGACCUCACUGAAGCGCCCCCUGGUGGUCAUUCACGAUCUCUUUGAUAAAUCGAUUAUGGACAUCUCCUGGACUCUGACGGGUCUGGGGAUGUUGGUGUGUUCCAUGGACGGCACUGUGGCCUACCUGGACUUCUCACUGGAUGAACUGGGAGACCCGCUGAGCGAGGAGGAGAAGAACAGCAUUCACUCCAACAUCUACGGGAAGAGUCUGGCUAUCACCAGCACGGAGGCUCAGCUCUCCACCACCAUCAUCGAGAACCCGGAGAUGCUCAAGUACCAGCAGGAGCGACAGAACUCGGCCCAGGCCACCGCGGGGCCGGGCAGCGCCGGGCCCGAGUCCUCCGCCCCCAAACUCAACAGCGUGAUGAACGGGGAGUCUCUGGAGGACAUCAGGAAGAACCUUCUGAAGAAACAAGUGGAGACGAGAACCGCGGACGGCCGGAGACGGAUCACGCCGCUGUGCAUCGCUCAGCUGGACACGGGGGACUUCUCACCGGCUCUGUUCAACAGCGUCCCCAUCCUGCCCUCGGGCUGCUCCAUGUCCAAUCAUCUCAUCCCUCAGAUCAGCUCGGACUCCUGCCCAGGACCGGCCUCCUCUCUGGGGCUGAGGCCCGGCAGUGACCUCCUGCUCACCUCUUCUGCAGCCGGCGGCCUCAAGGGCCUGGAGGACAACAAAGACGGUGUGAAAUCCACUCUGCUGCUCACGUCCGCCUCCAAGAUCGAGCCGAUGAAAGCUUUGGACUCCAGGUUCACCGAGAGGUCAAAGGCCACGCCGGGCAUCACGGCCGUCAUCACCUCCAUCUCUGGACUCAUGCCUCUAGAAAGGUCUCAGUUCAAGCCCAAAGACGGUGUCUCUGUCCUGAAAGACGUAAAAGCCAAAGAAGACUCCAGCAGCGACAGCGAGGACAAGAUGGCCACCAUCAACAAAAACCUGUCGUUCAGCAAGAGGAAGCCGGAUCUGCUGAUGGACGGAGCGGAGGUGGUGGAGAAGAGGAAGAAGGGACGGCCCAGGAAAGACAAGAUCUCCGCUCCCAUGGCCCAACCCUUCACUCAGGUGACUCCUCCGGCCGAGCGGGAGCCGAGCAGAGUGACGGCUGCUCCAGCUCCGGUCGCUGCUCUCCGGCUGCCGACGCCCAAAACACAGAAAUCCUUCAGUCUGCAGGUGAGCAUGGAGCCGUCGGUGUUCCUGGAGGUGGAGAACGAGGUGUCGCUGGUUGCCGGUUCGAAGCUCAGCCAGCUGCGAUGCUCCAGAGAUGGACGAGACUGGAACACGCUGCUGCCCAGCUCAGUGGUCACGGCUGCAGGAAGCAGUGACGUCCUGGCGGUGGCCUGUGAGGACAGGAUGUUGUCUGUGUUCUCGUCCUGUGGCCGGCGGCUGCUUCCUGCCAUCCAGCUGGGCACGCCGGUGUCCGCUCUCCACUGCGCCGCCCACUUCGUCAUGGCUCUGACGGCCGGGGCGGCGCUCUCCGUCUGGGACGUUCAGAGACAGAAGGCGCUCGUGAAGAACGAGUCUCUGAGGAACAUUCUAUCUGGCGUGGACAUCACGGUGUCUCAGUCUCUGCUGACCCAGCAGGGGGUGCCCGUCAUCGGACUCUCCAACGGGAAGUCCUUCUGCUUCAGCUCCUCGCUGGAGACCUGGACUCUGAUAGCAGAUAAAGGAGACUCGCUGGUUCAGUGUGCAGACUUCAGGAGCUGCCUGCCUUCCCAUGAUGCACCUGUGUCCUCGGGGCCGCUGGCUGUCAUGCAGGGACGCAACCUCAAUGCUGGUCGCCUGGCGUCCCGUCUCUCCUCCACCCCCCACCACCUGCAGCAGAGCAUGACGCUGGCCUUCCUGGAGAACCAGCUGGCGGCGGCUCUGACCCUCCAGUCGGCGCAGGAGUAUCGGUACUGGCUGCUCAUCUACGCCCGGUUCCUCGUCAACGAAGGCUCCGAGUUUCGUCUCAGAGAACUCUGCAAGGAGCUGCUGGGUCCCGUCCACAAGUCUGCUGCCACCUCCUGGGAGCCCACCACUCUGGGUCUUCGGAAGCGGGAGCUGCUUCGGGAGGUUCUGCCCGUCAUCGGAGAGAACCUGCGUUUCCAGAGACUGUUCACGGAGUACCAGGACCAGCUGGAGCUGCUGCGCAACAAAUAACACACAGGCCGACGCACACUGGGACUCGUCGUGGAGCUGGUUCGGUUCGGCUCGGCUCGGCUCGGCUCGGGUCAACUCUGACUGUUUCAUCUUGGGAAGCUUGAAUCUCUGUUGAGGCCCGACCGGCUUCUGGGCACCGGGACCUUUCUGUGCCGUCGCUCACUGGGGACUAAUGGGUGCUUCUUUUUUUUUUCUUCUUCUUCUCAUCACAUUUUUCACUAACGCCUUUUGUCUGUUUUCUGAGCUAUGCAACCCCCCCCCCUGCUAAUCAUGAACUAACGAAGAGAAACACAGAGACUGAGGAGUUAACUUUCCUCUGCUCAGAGAGAGAGAGAGAUAUGAAUCAGAAUGAGGUAGAGGAGCAAUAUGCUUGAACCAAAGUGAUGCCUUCAUGUGUAGAAGUGAACACGCAGCAGCCCCCCCCCCCCCCACACUCUGUGCUGACAGAUGGAUCUCUGGGGAACGAGGUCAGAAAAGGGAUCUCAGAUAUAAAAGUUAUUUUACUUUGCUACUGAUUCAAACCAAUAAAAAGUGUAAAUCAAGGAAAACAUGAAACCAGUGUAGAUGUGAGAAAUGGAACUCGACUGAUUUCACAUUAGGUUUAACUCAAAGUUAGGCUCCGCCCACACGGACACGCUGCAGUUCUUUCAGUCGCUGGUGUUGUUGCCAUGGUUAAUCAGAGUAAACGCCACCGGACAGAGAUGCAGACGCAGACGUUCUCUUCCUGAUUGGUUCUCAUCAGUCACAUGACACCUCCUGUCAGUAGCACUUCCUGUCAGGGACACGUCCUGUCAGUAGCACUUCCUGUCAGUGACAGCUCCACCUGCUCUGACUCUUCACCAUCACUGUUCCUCUGUUAGUAAGCAACCAACUGCAGAGGAGACAAUCUACUUCCUGUUUGCAUCACAUGACCAGUGGACGGUCAUGUGACGUGUGUGCGUUGUGGUGGUUGGAGAAGACGUGUCCGUGUGGGCGGAGCUCAAACGGUGAAGUCCUUCUCAGAUGUUCAUCUUCAUCCAUUCGGUUUCAGACGAGGUGUUGAGGCCGUUUUUUAUUUUAAGCAACAGUUUGAAGUCGUGUGAAACUUUUUCAUCAGCGGCUCAAAUCUCUAAAAGAUCAACUGAGGAUUUAACUUAAAGUCACAUUUUAUUGUGAUAAAUGAAAGUUUCAAUCAGUUCUUCAUCUUUUUCACUUCGUAUAUUUACUGGAGAAACGUUCUCGUCUCGUUUAUCUGAAAACUCUCAGACCGGGACUGAAACGUUUUCUCCUGCGAACACGUGAAGGUUCUCCAGACCGAGCAGAAUCCACUUUGAACCACUUUGAACCAUGAACGUGUCAAAGUCUGUUCCAGUUCGUCUGAAGCUCCGGCAGCAUCCAACACUAACUCUCUGCUGGUCGUCCCAGAGGUCAGAGGUCGUCUUAUUCUCCAGAUCAUGUGAGCGUCAGUGAAUCAGAACCGGUGCAGAAGGUUCUAUCCAUUCUGUAAAUAAGCUCCAGUUAGAAACGCAGCCGACACUUUUCAGGCUGAAGCCUUUAUUCUUCUUUAUUUCUUUGCUGAACCUGUUUUCAUUUUGUUUCAAGCGCCGGUGACGACCACUGAGAAUCAGAUUUUCAGGACUUAUGGGGAAAAGUUGUUUAUUUUUGUCUCACAUCCAUUAACUUGACAUUUUAACAGGUUCAAACUUCACAUGAAGAAUUAAAGUUCUUGUGUUUGUCUGCAGCAGCUCAGUUUGUGUGUCUGUGUGUGCGUGUGUGUGUGAAUCCCCUCUGUACAGCAUUUCUUCUUUCUUUUUUUCCGUUUGUCAUUUUUAAAUGUUUGUACGAGGCAAAUUUCUUUUGUUUCCAUUUUCUAUAAGAAAAGAAAAGAAUGAGCGGAAUCUUUUUGCCUUUGAUGAAAGAAACUUAAAAAUAAACAAAUGAGGAGCA